AUGAUUGAUCCCACUCAGGUCAUCGAGGCGUUCGGAAAGAAGACUUCGAGUCUCAUUGUCCCCACACACUCCCACUCACCCUCGCCAACGGCUCUCCCAACUGUCGUUCCCAAUGUUCCCACAUACGAGCAGGUCGGAGAGACAGGAACCAAGACACUCUGGGUCGUCUUCGUCCUGAUGUUCCUCUCCUCUCUAGCAUUCUACUACCUGGCAUUCCGUGUCCCAGUUCAAAAACGCCUGUUCCACGUCAUCACCGCCCUCAUCACCACCUUCGCCUCGAUCUCCUACUUCGCCAUGGCCACCGGUGACGGCAACUCCUUCGCCCACAUCGUCGUCAAGGAAGUCCACAAGCACACCCCCGACACCGUCGAGCACGUCUUCCGCCAGGUCUUCUGGGCCCGUUACGUCGACUGGGCACUCACCACUCCUCUCCUCCUCCUCGACCUUGCCUUCCUCGCAGGCAUGAACGGCGCCAACAUCACCGUCGCCAUUGUUGCCGAUCUCAUCAUGGUCCUCCUCGGUCUCUUCGCUGCAUUCGGUCACUCUGAGGGCCAGAAGUGGGGAUACUACGCCAUUGCUUGCGUUGCGUACCUUGUCAUCGUGUACCAACUCGUUGUACCAGGUCGUCGUGCCGUCGCUGCUAAGUCCAGCGGUACCGCUAAACUGUUUGCUUCCAUUGGUGGUUUCACCCUCAUUCUCUGGACUCUGUACCCUGUUGUUUGGGGUAUUGGAGAUGGUGCCCGCAAGUGGAGCGUUGAUGCCGAGAUCAUCGCCUAUGCUGUUCUUGAUGUCCUGGCCAAGCCAGUCUUUGGAUUCUGGUUGUUGUUCGCGCACGGCAAGAAUGCCAGUGCCAUUGAUGGCUUCUGGUCUCAUGGACUGAACAGUGAGGGAAGCUUGAGAGUUGGUGAUGAUGAUGAGUAA